CUUCUUUCAUUGUUCACACGGAAAACCAUUAGAGAUGGAUUCCCAACCAUCUUUGGGAAGACCUCUAGACGAUUACGAUGACUUAGGCAAUAAAAUUGAUCCUCUUGCUGAGUUAACAGCUAUAACAGUGACAGAGAAACCUACAAUAAUUCCAUCAACAACGGCGAAUCCAGUUCAACAAAGUACUCUAGAAAGGAGCACGGAAUACAAAUAUGAGAAUGUCAUACAAACCUAUACCAUAGAAGUGCUCAAACUUAAACCGAUUCCACAUGCAGCUGGAACACUGUACUACACAGUGGACCCGCAGGAAGAUGCGUACAAAAAAUUGAUGCAAGUGUACCAGGACAAUUUUGAAACUCCUAUGAACAGAAAUUCGCCAAAAAAUGCUCCACCCCCCAAAGAUUGAUCGUGUAUGGCCUGCGUUUAAUGCUAGUGUAUAUUGAAAUAAAUGGAACUGUACUGCAUUACAUUUGAAUCAGUUUGCAAUCUAUAAAAAAUAAACGGAGAAAUCAAGCAGCAACAAGAA